AUGUACAACACAGAUCCACUCCACCAGACACUCAACCUGUACGUGUCUCCCACACAGUACAUCUUUGAACCCGCAACCACAAAUGGCCCAUCCCAACACGGCGCACGCCAGCCCGCCUUCCUCGACGAGAAGGAUGUAAGGCAGAGCCUCGUCGUAGACAGGCAGACAGGGAACAUGUCGCUGAACAACGAUACCCACAUUCCCUUCGGGCGGGAAAAGGUCAUCACCUGCUACGGUAUCAUCGGUACUCUCAGCCUUGCCACGACCGACUUUCUCCUGAUCAUCACUUCCCGCACGCCCUCCUGCCGCCUGCUUUCCCACCCCAUCUACCUUGCCACAGACUACCGCCUCCUUCCUCUCUCGCCUCUCUCUACCUCCGCCGCCAUCCUGGAACAUCCCGUCGAGAAAGAGCUCAUCGCCCUCGUGGAGCAGGGUCUCAAGACCUCGAGACUCUGGUUCUCGUAUGGCUGGGACCUCACCAAUACUCUGCAAAGGCAGGAAGACAUUGAGAAGAAGGGCGAAGCUCUACCGAUGUGGAAGAGGGCGGACGAUAGGUUCUUCUGGAACAAGUUUUUGAUGGAAAAGAUGAUUGAUGUGACCGAGAACCAAGGAGUUGAUCUCAGUAGAUUCAUCUUGCCUGUUACCUAUGGCUCUGUCGAGCUCCGCUCUUCCAACCUCAACAACCGAGACAUCCUGUUCCUCCUCAUCUCUCGUCGCUCUCGCUACCGAUCCGGUACCCGUUACUUUACCCGUGGUAUCAACGCCUCUGGUCAAGUUGCCAACUUUAACGAGACUGAGCAGAUCGUGCUCUUUGAUCCCCUGCCGGAGAACGGCCAGGAGUAUAGGAGGGGAAGGGUCGAUGGGAGGGAGAGGUUGAGUUUCGUGCAGACCCGAGGGAGCGUGCCGCUUUUCUGGGCAGAGGUCAACAACCUGAGGUACAAACCUGAUCUUCAGAUCAUGGACUAUACCGAGACUCCUCAAGCCCUCAAGGCCCACCUGGACGACAUGAUCGGGACAUACAACCACACCUACCUCGUCAACUUGGUCAACCAAAAGGGCCACGAGCAACCCGUCAAGGAAGCUUUCGAGCGCUACAUGUCCCUCCUGUCUUCGUCCGACCCCGUCAUACGUGAAAAGGCCCACUAUGUCUACUUUGACUUUCACCACGAGUGCAAGGGGUUGCGAUUCGACAGAAUCUCCUUGUUGAUUGAUAGGCUCGCGCCGGCGGUGGAAGAGAUGGGAUGGUUCCAUUCUGUCAACCCGCAAUCUUCCACCUAUGCCAACACCCAAGAUGUGGAGGGUGGUACUCGAGUACUGCGCAAGCAGGACGGUGUAAUAAGGUCAAACUGUAUGGACUGCCUUGAUAGGACGAAUGUGGCACAGUCUGCGCUCGGGCGGUGGGUUCUGAACCAGCAGUUGAGAAAGGUGGGAAUCAUCAGUAUCAAGGAGAGUGUGGAGGACCAUGACGACUUUAUGCUCAUGUUCCGACAUGUGUGGGCGGACCACGGCGACACCGUAUCCCUUGCUUAUGCCGGUACCGGUGCCCUCAAGGCAGAUUACACUCGUACCGGAAAGCGCACCAAGGAAGGACUUUUGCACGACGGCUACAAGUCCAUCAUGCGAUACAUCCGAAACAACUUUUUCGACGGUGAUCGUCAAGAUGGAUUUGACAUCCUUACCGGUGCAUGGGUGGCGAGGAGGGGCGGGGUGGCUCCUUUGACGGACACAAGGCCGCUCAUCAUGCGAUCAGUAAGUUCUGUCUACAGUUACUAUGUGGAUGCUGAUGCGUGAUAGAUGCCCUAUGUCUUUUCAUUCGCCCUCACCAUGAUCUUUGCCGCUCUCACCCUCCCCCGCACUUCCUCCCUCUCCAUCUCCUCCUUCCUCGUCCUCUGGUUCAUCCUCGCCUUCCUGUCCGGGAGCUACAUCUGGGGCAACGGCACCUCGUACGUCUCCUGGCCCCGCCUCAACCCACCGCUCGAGAUCCUGUCCUACGCUGGCCCUGGGGCAAGGUCGAUUGCGAGAGGCAGGGGGCUUUCGCUCGCUGCCGUCUUUGAUAGGAGACAGAAGAAUGGGCCGGGAGCUGGGCUUUUGGGGGCUGCGGUCGGGGCUGGGAAGGGCGAUGGCAGACCGGCGGCGUACAAGCUGGAAGAGUUGGAGCUGGGUAAGAGGAAGGGUGCUCUGAUCGAUUGAUUAGACGAAUGUAGAGGACUGCGGGGUACUUUUCGUAUAUCUUCAGCCGUUUGGUUCUUGUUAGCGGUUCGACUCUCUUCUUAUGCAGUGACUGGUUUAUAGAUGUAUGUUUUAAGGAUCACUUUUGGCCCGUACAAGUUUAGAGUUGACCCAUGGAUGUUGAGCUGUAUCUGAUGUCAAGAGGGAGCCAUCUCACCCUGAGCCUUCCUUGGCAACAUCGGGUCGCUCGGUGCAUACAUCGGGUCAGUUGGUGAGUACUACACUCCGUGUGCCUUUUUGGUCGUCACAAGGGAGUGUCCUUUGUGUGGCAGGCGACAUUGGCGAAUAUACUUUACGACAUCAUCCGACGGGGCAUGCACAGACCCUUGCUUGUGCACAGCGUUGCAGUGAAGGCUAUGCAACAACGACUCACGGCAAUGCCAACCAUCUCCACGGCACUGACGCCGACGAGUGCCCUCCUGGUAUGUACGAGCAGCGGAAGCUGGCCUAGAGCAGACUUGGCUGAUGUGAUCCAAGCAAGCGCCAAGUCAUUUCAGCUCUUUGCUUUUCCUUGUGGCGCGCUGGAUCGCUGGACCGCUUAUUUCCUGUCCUCUUCAUGAGCGUGGUCAUGUUGCUUGAGGCAUAUGUAUCUUUCUUGCACUUGCCACUUCUGACUCCUGCUUCGUUCACCGAGGUCACCGAGGUCGCCAGCAAUUUGCCGCUAACGCGUUGCCCCUUGCCUGGCAUAGGGCUGAAGAUCGCGUAUAUACAAAAGAGGGGACGAUGAACUGCUUAUAGCCCUCUCCUUGUAUUUAUAGCGAUGUACAGCGGGGGCCCUCGUCAGCCCCGGCAAGUCACCUACGCAGUCACUUGAGAGCGGAAACAAAUGGGCGGGACGGGAGGUGUUGGAUUACCCCACGUAAAAGAAUUUGCGUGCCGCAGUGGCAAGGAGGCCCAGGAGCCUCAAAAGUCCCUGAGGGAAGAACGUGCACCAAGACGUGGGGCAGGGGUGCGGUAGGCAAGGGGACACCCUUGGCGGUGGCCAGUACAACGGAGUGGAGCACAGCUUGGGCGCGCACAAGAGACAAAAAAGAGCAUGCAUAAUCAGA